ACCACACUAGACAAUCCAAGGAUAUGUACCUGCAUAACCGUACCGUUCCAGUACAGACACAGAGAGCCAGGAGAACAACGCGACCCGUCACGGAUGUGCCUCACGCGGAUCCGCCAGAGCAGCCACUCAGCAACACAGCAAGUAUAUACUCCACGGCACCACUGCCUAUACACAUCACACUAG